GGAGGUUGCGCGUCCGUUCUCUUUCUCUCUCUUCUUUGACGAACCCAAGUUAGUGUUGUGUGUGUUUGUGUGUGUUUUUUCUUCGUGUUUGGAAAGGAUAACAAUGAGAAGUUGAGAGAGAAAAGAAGAAAGGAAGAAACGAAGAGAAUAGACACUGAAAACAAAAAAAGAAGAAAAUAUAUAUAAAAAUAUAUAAAAAAAAAAGACAUCGAAAACACGAAAAGACGUAGAAAGCAAAAGAAAAACGAACAAGAACCCCCGAAAAAAGAACGAAGAAAGUGUUUGUAAAAGUAAAAAAAACGUAGAAAACAACAACAACAACAACAACAACAAAAGACCAAUAAACCACCAAUUCGGAACCACAACCACCAGCAACCCCAACCCUCACAUCCACACCCAGAGCUACACACACACACACACACACACACACACACACACACACAGCGUCACCACCUCACAGCCUCACAAUGGACCCUCACAUGACGGCAGAGGACCGGAACAUCAUGGACUUAGGGACUCACCGCCGCCUCAAGCAAGAACUCACGCCGCCCGCCUGCCCGCAGCAUUUCAGGAAGAAGAAACUGGUAAAUUUCAAGGUCUCUCUCAGGCGCCGCUCGGUGAAGGACCAGGCGAGACGCGGCAGCACUGGGAGCAUCACCACGCCACGCUCUGAGGGAAGAAAAAGCUCCGUAACAUUCCUGCAGGACCAAGUGGACGCCUUAGGGGACAUAAAGGACUCCACUGAGGAUGCUAUACCGCUCCAGACGCGUAAUGACUCGAGGACCGCCACGCUGGAGAGACAAGACACCAGAACCACGAAGGAAAGGCGAGAGGCAUUUAGAAGCACCGGGGAGCAGAGAAUGGCCGCCCGCAGGAGUCUGGAUCGCCGGAGUGGUUCAGUGGCCGCCAGCUUCAGUUUAUCGCGUGACCAGGACCACAGAUUCGAGGACCAGGGCAGCAGGGAUAUGGAGAUGACCCGCAGACUGGACCAGGAGUUGUCUAGGGCCACGCAGCGCAACCUCUUCGUAGACAGUGCUAAGAGGAACUCACUGGCAGAACCUGAGCUCUCCCCAAUCAGAACCACGCCCCCGAGAACCAGCCCCACGAGAACCACACCCACCAGAACCAGCCCUAAUAUGUUCAUCCCGCUAAGCCAAACGUUCCCAACAUCUUCGACUGUUCCGACUGCCGAAGACAUCCAGAGGCUUAACAACAUCGCAGCGCAGCGGAAGAGGGAGGACUUUUCGAGGUCUUCCAGCGUGUCUUCAACGGAGAACUGGAACAAGAUCAAGACUGUGGCCACCCCGAGGAGCUCCCGCAUCAACAGCCUGGUGGAGAUGCUCAUCACGCGGAGAAAGGCCUCGCUGGCGCCCUCUAUCUGGACCCCGUCUGUCCCACGCUGCUGUCCAGGACCAAGACCCGCCAAUUUCCAGGAUCAGGAGGAGCAAGGCAAGGGCGUGUAUGUGAUCUCCUUCAUCCUGCACACGGCGCCAGUCAAGCAGAGGCCCCACGUACGUUUCCGCCGCCUGCCGAGCCUGCAGCUGCCGGAGCGAGAGGUGCGGGGCAAGCAGUACCUGGCGUGGCUCGGCAAACUAGUUGAGAACCCGCUCCUUUCCUCCGGCGUGCUUCUCAAGGGCUUGGAGAUUGGUGUGCAGUACCCCGUGAUCCACCUGCGGGACGUGCCAGAGGGAGGCGUGGGUGGCGGAGAGCAGCGGCGCCUCGAAGCAAGCCUGGGGAACGACAGCAGCCUUCUCCAGGGUGAGUACGAGGAGGUGGUGGCGUGGACCCCUGAGCUGCUGGUGACCUGCCCGAGCGACCCUUCCCAGUGGGCGCGGUGCUACAUCGUGCUGGGCUUCAUGACGCUGGACGGGGAGCUUAACGAGAAAAUGGAGAAGGCCUGGAAGGAGUGGACAGGCGCUUUGUUCAUCUACUGCAACAUUGACGACGAUCUGGGCCUGAAGAAGCUGUCAUUCUUCCGCCGCCGCUCGCCACACCAGGCCAAGCUCUUCUCCUACCUGGUCAUUGUUGAAAUAGACACAGUAACCCGUAAAAACUCACUACACCUCCUCGAUUUUGUCUACCGGAUGCGAUUGAGGAGCAUGAGUGGGUAUAUUUCAGUCUACCAAAGCCACAGUCCCGAGGUGGAGGCGGAGAGGAAGAGCGGAAAUGUGUCUUGCAUUUCUAACUCAUCCUCGUCCUCUUCCUUGUCUUCCUCCAUCCAGGCUGAGAGACCUGCUGUCUCCACCACCACCAUCUUGCCAGAGUACCAGCCUGACAUGUGUCCCUCCGCUCGUUACGGGAGAAUGAGUGUCUGAGAGGAAGAUUUUUAUAGUUGGUAAUUGGGUAGUUACGUAUGGGUUUUUAGUGAGAGAGGUUGUUAGAUGGGUAUGUUUGGUGAGAAUGGUGAUUUGUUGGGUAGUUUAGGUAGUUUGGAAAAAUAAAUAAGGGUGUUUAGUGGUUUUAGAAGGUUUGAGAGGUGAUUAAUGGUGAUGGUGUUUUCUUGUUUGUUUGUAUGUUUGUUUUUCUUUCUUGUUUUAGGGAUUCAGUGUUGUUUUAAUGUGCUAGUGUUGAUUUUUGUUUAGUGUGUGUGUGUGUGUGUGUGUGUGUGUGUGUGUGUGUGUGUGUGUGUGUGUGUGUGUGUGUUAUUGCGUUGUUUUGUUGACUUUGUAAUCAUCUAUUUAUCUAAUUAUCUGUUUUUAUAUUUUUUUUUUUUCAUUAUUAUUUUUUAACAAUAUAAUCUGUUCAUCUGUUCAUUUAUCUCAGGGUUUCUUUUCUUUUCUUUAUAUUUAAUCUAAUAUGUCGACAUUUUAACGCGAGUAUAUAUUAAUUUAUUUGUCUACCUAUCUAUUUAUUCAUCCAUUUCUUUCCAUAUCCUUUAACACGUCGGCACUUCUAACCUAUCUAAUUAACUUUCCUACCUGUAAUCUGUUGGUCUUUAAAUCCCUCGUAAUGGCAGGGAUGCAAAUGUAUCUCCUUAUCACUCUUCUCUUUUCCCUCCACGGUGCAGACUUACAAAUUAAACCCAAAACAUAUAUCAA